GAAUUAAUCUUAUUUAACUUAAUUACUAAACUACCUCCUUUAAAAAAACUAGUUAUAAAGGUAUUUUAUAAUAAUAUCUUUAUAAUAGUUAAUAAACUUAUAAAAAUAGCCUACUUUAUAUUAUUUAAGGAAACUAGCAAUAUAAAAGAAUUAGCCUAUAUAAUAAUAAAAUACAUUAUAAGUAACUAUAGACUACUAAAAAAUAUAAUCUCUAAU